GAGAGAGAGAGAGAGAGAGAGAGAGAGAGAGAGAGAGACAACACUCUAACUAUUAAUAAAUUAAUAUAAGUAUUUUAAAUCGUAGUUUUUUUAUAUGUCUGUCGGUGUGAAAUUAGGUAUAAGAAGAUUAUACGACUAUACAGUUAUUUAUUGUAUAUAAUAAGGUCUUCUUCUGUAUGAAGAAGAACUUACCCUUUUAAUCUGAGCAGCUGUGUUCACCUAACAAAAGAACGACUCGCUAAUUUCUUCGCCACACGCAAAUCUUUGUCAACCGACAACCGUAUGGCGAGCCACGCACCAAAGUCCAAACAGGAUACGAAGGAUUGAGCCUCGUUAGAGGCUCGUCCCCAAUCGCCAAAUCGGAGCUGGCGAUUUCGGCGUCCCAUGAUUGUUCUAUUUUUGUUCGACGACUCGGUCUUUAACUGCUCGAUGCUUAGAAUUUCUAAACUUAAUACCUGAAAUAUUACAAUAAAAAUAAACGAAAGCAUGGGGUCUGAGGAUGGAACGAGAUGAAAAUAUGAAACUCAAAACUCAAAGAGAACGUAGUGAACAAAAUAUUUUUUUUGUGCAAUUUUUCUUUUUUAUAGUAGCAUAACUAACGGAAAUAAUAUUUUGGUUAGAAUUGCUAACAAGGAUACUAUUGACAUUUUCGUUAAAAUGCCAAUUGUUCAAUUUACAAUCCAUUUCCUCUAAAUCAGAUUGCAUUUUGAGGGUCAGAUCUUGACAAUUCGAGUGUAAUCUUUUCCGUCCUUUAUAUCUUGGGGGUUCUUUUCUUAUGGGAUUCCAUUUUUACGAAGUCGAUGGAAGGGCAAGGGUGUCCAGGUAGAACGAGAACGACGAUCAAAGAGGAAAGAGGGUGGGACUGGCGGUUGUGUGGCAUGGCAGACUGGCCAGUCGAUUACAGUGCCAAAACGAGUGCCGGAGCGUCUCUCCAACCAGUUUUGGACAGUGUCUUCGCUUGUGGCUAUAAAGAGAAGGACGGAGUGUCUUGGCAGAAUCGUGAAGGAAGUAUGCCGUCCACGCGACGGAGAAAGCGAGAACCAAGGAGAACGGCCGCGAUUGAGGAAGAGGACUAGAAGAGGAAAGGUGUCUGAGUGACAGGACGGAGAGUGAAAAGAGCGAUGAAGGAAGCAUGAUUAUCUAUGAAGAAAACAAAGAGAUAAAGAGAGAUGAAGUAAGAAAUGAAGGAUGGGCCGAAAUAACGAAAUGUCUGAAGAUGAAGAGAGUAAAACGAAGAAGUAAAACGAAGAAUAUGAAAACGAAAGUAUCUUGGAAAAAAAUUUGCGAAAUACAAAAUGGGAAAGAAAUAGUAAAGUAUGUUGGAGAAGACAAUAGGAGAGGGAAAAAAUAUGCAGAUAGAAGAAUUGAAACUUGAAGAUACUGUUAAAGACGUCAAUAGAUAAGAGAAAUGAAAAUGAAAAAAUGAUGAAAAAAGACACACCUAAAGAAAAACGUGCAAAUAGAUGUGUUGAAGAAAGUAGAAGAGAGAUAAGGAAGUAAACGAAUGAUAGCAGAGAUGAUGUAGAAGAAUAUUAUAAAAAUAUUUAAUUAGAAAUAAACUGAAGUCAUGGUUUGCCUUCCAUCUUUCUGUCAUGGACUGUACAAGGCAAGAUGUAGUACGAAGUAGAAGUCGUCUAAGAAGGAAAUGCAACUGAUCGAGGUAGAAAAUUCAUGGUGACCAAGAUAGAGAUGGGAAGGGAAAGAGUAGAAGAGACCAAAGGAACCACCUUGAGUUGAGCCGCUAGAGAGAAAGGAGAAUAACGUCGUACCGAGGAAGACUAACAUCAGCAAGAAGAAGAGGAACAAGAAGAAGACGAAGAAGAAGAGUCGGUGGAGGCGGUCGCCGCGAGUUUGAGUUUCGGUUUCGUUCGUUUCGCGCCUGCUCCGCGCGAACGGGAGCCGAGAGUGAACCUGUUCAGCUACGAGGUAGACGAAGAGAGACUGAAUCGGAGUGGGAACGACGGAGAUCGACGACACGACUCAACCGCGAGUGCGUCAGCGGCGAGAACGACAGAGAGAGACAGAUUCUCUCAUAAGAGUGAAACGGAACGAGAUGGAAAGAGAGAGGGGGGAGGGAGAGAGGGAGGGGGAGGGAGUAGAGCGAGAAAGAAGAACGAUUCGCGUGAGGGAGAAAGGGAGGUUGACGGGGGGACGUGAUAGUACACGCGUGAGGGAGAUAGAGCCAGACAGGGAGCGCAAGAGAGGCGUAAUAAAGAGAGAAAGAGGAGGACAGACUUCAGGCGCUCUGCUCCUAAUAACGACUCUCGCCCUCGGUCAGUCGCGCGCGAACCGCGAAGCCGCGAACAUCUCUGCGUCUCUCUUGCUCCGCCAAGGGAGAUUCCGGCGUUUUCUUCGCGUUUGCUUCUAUUUGCCAAUCGCGUGCCCGGGCUAAAUUGGCAUGCGACAGCAAGGAUAAAAAAGUGACGGUGAACCGGUGCGACAAGAAAAUUCAGUCGGUUCGACAAAGUGGUAUUUUCAAUAAUCGAGAACUCAGUUUGGAUAGCGAAUUGCACAAGUGAAACGAGAAGUAGAAUCCGCGAAAUUUUCCGUCAUCCUAUCUGACCGAGAGUCGCGAGAAGAGACAGUGAAAACAGCAGUGGUUCACAUAAGAUCUGGGAAAAUAAUUUUCGCGUUUCGCAAGUCAGUUUUUGCCAUUUAACUGAUUUCUACGGAAAGUCAUUGACAAAAGACCGAUGAAUUGUGUAUGAGAGAGAGAGAGAGAGAGAGAGAGAGAGAGAGAGAGAGAGAGAGAGCUUUGUUGGUCUUCUGGAAACUGUCAGCCGACUCAAGUGAAGUGGCGCGUAGUAAGAUGAUUAUUUAGCGGGGGAUUACUUGAGAGAAUUGUUGGCGUCAAGAUCAGUGGGGGUAUACUGUGAAUACGGUGUGAUUCGGAGCGAAAACGACGACGAACUUUGGGUAGCCUCUAUCGAUCGGCUUCGGGAAAAGUGAUGAGUUGUCGCCUUUCCUUUUCGGCCGUGGGAGAUAACGCGCGAGGUUCUCUAGAAAUCAUAACUUUCACACCGAUAUCAGGGAUCAGCGCGAUCGGUUAAGUAGCCGCGAAGUAUGUAGCAGUGACACUUAUUACUUUGCAGUUCAACAUCAGUACGAGUUGUCAUUUACAGAACUUGUUUAUUGAUACUAUUGAUACUUAUUGAUACUUUAGACUUGACAACUUCCCGAAAACAUUCAGCGUCGUCCAGUUAACCUUUGAUAGCACCGAUACUCAUUAUAAUCAGCAGUUUCGCGAGCGUCAGUUUGAGAAUUGAUCCCUGAAGACUCGUAGAGGGCUUUGAUAACGUCGCGCAAAUCACUUGAUCCAGCUCCACCAGACACCAGGCAUCGAUCUCCCGACUGGCAAGAGCGAUUUCGAAGAGCCGAAGAGCCCCGAUAAUCCCACCAUGAUGCGCCAAGUGCCGUGCACUCCUAGAUAAGACGUUCUGUGCGAAACGGAGAGGCUGGCAUCGGCGUGGCGGCGACGACGACGACGACAACGACGGCGACGGUGGCGGCGGGGGCGGCGGGUGGCGACGGGAGGCCGGUGGCGAGGAGGAAACGGAGGAUCGAUGGAUCUGUAAUGCGUGCAAAGUGCGAUCAACGUGGACGACGACACGGAUACCCAGAUACCGCAGAUCGGGUCGCGGGCGACGGCGGUGGCGGCGGGGUGGUCGACGGGACGGAGAGGCGAAAUAGGGACGAAUGAGUACUUUUCGAGGUUAUCUCUCGGGGGGGAGAAUACAUCGGGGCGAAUUGUCGGCGAUAUCAACGACGACGAAGACGUAAUCUUGUUGAGCGCGGAGCGUCGACGUCCGAACGGCUGGUGACCGAGUAAAAGAGGAGCGGAAAAGACGACUACCGGAUAAAGAACUGGCUUCGUUAUACCAUACCAGAGUGUAAAAGCGAGGCCUGACGACGACAACGACGACGACGACGACGACGACGAAGAGGAAACGAGCAGAACGCGUAGUCGCAUAGCGUGUCGCGUAUGCACGUGUCGUCGUCGGCGGUGUGCCGGAGGAAGAAGCAGCAACGCGCCGACGGAGGACGCGAAGCUAUUGCUAUUUUCGAGCCCGCCAAAUAUCUCACCACGCUGGUGCUGCUGGCUGGUCGAGGCUGCGCGUUCUCUCGCGCCUCUUUCUCCUAUCCUGCUUUUCUUUCUGUCCGGUCGAUUCCCCCUUGCGAACCGGCGGCCGAUUUUGCGCCGAUGACGCAUGGCAGCGACCAAAAGCGCCACGACGUGUGACAGAGAAAUUGGAAGAAUCGAGCUCAUUUUAAACGAUCUCGUAAGGCAUAGCACUAUGAGCCGGUAGCCGACAAAAGAAGGAACCUGAUUCUAAAUCUCGGCACUUCGUCGAUUUGCUUCGGCAAUUUGCAGAAAGGCGGACCUGAACCUGGUCAUCAUUAGCAAAAAAUUCGUCCUUACUGAUUGAUUACUCAAUCGCGAGCUUUUCGAGCGGUUCUUCCAACGAGGAAAAGUCCCAGCUGGAGUUCGUGAGGGUGCUAAAGGCGGAGGAAGAAGCAACCCGCUGUAACACGUAUACAGGAUAGAACGAGAAGGAAUAAUGGCGGGCGAGGACACGCAGAUCUUGUCGAACGGCACCGUGGAGGCGCUCACGAUCAUCCCGUCGAAGAUGACGAACGGAAACGGGCUGAUCUGCGGCGACAAGCAACACAACAACAACGGCUCGAUACCGAAUGGGAAGUUGCACGGGGGGAUCGGCGGCGCGGAGAAUGGCAAUCUGAUCGUGCCGGAUGAGAGGUCGAGCAGCCUUCACACGGAGUUCGACGACGCCGACGUGUCCUGCGGCUGGGGACCCUGCAGACCCCACUGGCUGCAGUACUUCGCCACGAAACAAGCGUUCUUAGUAACCUUCUGUCUUACCUGGGUGCUUCAAGGCAUGUACUACACAUACUUCGUCUCCGUUAUCACGACAAUAGAGAAGCUCUUCCAAAUCCAGUCGAAGACGACGGGCAUUAUCAUGUCGGCUACGGAGAUCGGCCAAAUCGGGUCCUCCCUGCUACUGACGUAUUAUGGCGGCCAAGGUCACCGGCCCAAGUGGAUCGCCUGGGGCAUGAUCCUCUUCGCCGUGAGCUCGUUCACCUGCUCGAUACCCCACUUUAUCUUCGGCGAACAGCUGAUUCUUCAGAACGAGAUGCUGUUCAGCGGGGUCGGGCACGGCACCGACGGCCGCCGGCUUAACAGCUCGGAUCCGAUACCGGCGAAUCUCUGCAGUUUCCAUGAGGAAAGGAACGUCACGAUAGAUGGAUUGAACAUAACAAUACCGGACAGCGCGCUCCCGUCUCCGACGGAGUACUGCAAAGGCGAUUUUCUUAUGGAGCAGAGAAUACAGAGCAAGAUAACCACGGUGGUGCUUGCGAUAUUUUUUGUAUCGUUACUUGGUGUAGGAAUGGGUCAAACGGCGGUAUAUACUCUCGGUAUACCAUACAUCGAUGACAAUGUAGCCAGCAGAGAGAGCCCUUUGUAUUUUGCGAUCACUAUUGGAGUGCGAAUUCUCGGUCCAGCGUUAGGCUUCAUCCUUGGUUCUUUGUGCACGAUGGUCUACGCGGAUUUAUCGAGAAAUCCACAGAUUACGCCAUCGGAUCCGAGAUGGGUCGGAGCUUGGUGGCUUGGUCUGGUGCUCAUAUCGGCAAUGCUGAUGAUCGUCAGUAUAGGGAUGUUCGCAUUUCCUACGCGUUUGCCAACCAGUCGAACACCUCCACGGCGUACGGACUCACAAAAGCCCAGCUUGCGAGAUUUUCCCAGUGCUGUAAAAAGGCUGCUGAAGAACGACAUUCUGAUGUUCAGAACCGCAAGCAGCGUAUUACACAUCCUGCCGAUCGCCGGUCUCUACACCUUCUUGCCGAAGUACCUCGAGAGCCAAUUUCGCCUACCGGCCUAUAAUGCGAAUAUGAUCUCAGGUGUUGGCGGGAUCCUGGUGAUGGGAUUGGGCAUCAUAAUAAGCGGCGUAUUUAUCUUGAGGGUGAAGCCUAAUGCCAGAUUCGUCGCAGCCUGGAUCGCCUUCACCGCGGUCGUUUACGCGAUCGGCAUGGGCGUGCUAAUGUUUAUCGGUUGUCCGAUGGACGACUUUGCCGGACUCGUGUCACAUCCCGACGGACUCUCCAGCUUCGAGCCGACCUGCGAGGCUACCUGCGACUGCGAUCGGAACAAAUUUAGUCCAAUUUGCGGUGUCGAUGGUAAAACGUAUUUCUCCGCGUGCCAAGCGGGUUGCUCGAAUUAUACGGUUGCUGACGGCAAAGUGGAAUCGUUUUACAAUUGUCAGUGCAUCGGACAGCCCAACAUAACAAUAUUACCGGACAACGUAACAAUAUUACCGGAAAUGAACAAGGUCGGUUUUUGCGAACUGGAGUGCAGUAACUUUUGGGUGUACAUGAUCCUGUUCUCGGUAUUCGUCUUUAUUCACUCUACGAGCGAGGUGGGCUCUAUGUUGCUCAUUUUGCGAUGCGUGGAUCCGAGGGACAAAGCCAUGGCACUCGGCCUGAUACAGUUCGCCAUCGGCUUGUUCGGUAAUGUUCCGUGUCCUAUCGUUUAUGGUGCUGUGGUGGAUUCCGCUUGUCUCGUAUGGGAAUACGCUUGCGGUGAGCGAGGCGCCUGUUGGCUUUACGAUUCGAACGUCUUUAGAAUGUUCUAUCACGGCACAACAGGCGGCAUCCUCCUGCUGGCCUUCGUGGUGGAUAUAGUCGUUUGGUACAAGGCCGGGAGCAUAAGCUUCGUGGAGGAGCAGGAGGGCGAGACAGGUACCGCGGAGGAAAUGGCGACGUUAAAAUCGCAGGACGCUCAGGCGGUCGAGAACGACUAUUUGUGAAGGUUUCGUAUUACUCUUUUGCGGUGAAGGGCCACGGCGGUGUUAUCAUCGUCGUCGUCACUGCAACGCAGUGUCGUAGGACACGUGGGAGCAUCGUCCUUCACGAAUGGUGCCAGUACAGCUCUCGCGUCGUGCUUCCCAGAGAGACGGCGAGAGACAUCGACUUGCCGGCGGCGAUUACGCGCAUCAGAACGGAACUUUCCUCGAAGGAGUUCCGUUCUGAUGGGCAGGAAGUCUAGUCCCUCUUGUCGACGGCAUCCGAGCAUAAAGAAGUGGACUUUGCGUGAAUCACACGGGAAGACUGGCGUCGAUGGACGAAUCGGACGACUUUGAUUCGGUGACUCGGAGGACCAAGGCUCAGUUACGCUAUACGGACGAGAAGAAAACUCGAGUUUUCAAGCGAUGCAGAAGUAAAUCUCGCAACUUUGCGACGGCGAAGAUGCGGAAGAAAGGGCGGCCCGAGGCGGGCAUACCUCGUCCGAGCGUCGUAACGAUAAUACAAGGAUGCGUUGCGCGAAGCGCGCUAUCAGCGCUAUCGCGUCAUUUUACCUUUAUUUUACGUCUAAUGAUCGAUAAAGAUAGAAUGACGGCACAGCGAUAAUAGCGCGCUCUCCGAAGCGCGGUCUGAGUCUCGCGAGUGCGCGCCUUGGCAAAAAAGUUAGUAUGGUUUCUCUCUCAGGGAGGCUUGUCAGUAAGUACACGCAAUAAAAGUAAUACUUCCGUGCCUACGAAAUGACGGUGCUUGCGGCGAGCACGCGGUCCGCCGCACAGCGACGGCGGAUCCGGGGAAUCGAAUCGAAUCAAAGCACACGACGAGCGGCCUCGCGGGUGGCAGUGAAUGCGGUUCGCAUGGACGGACAGUGAGGGAUUGCCUCGUGCUUUGCACCGGCGUUGAUUAGUGUAUGACGGUGUUCCCGCCGCGCUCGCUCGCUCGUGCGCGCGCGCAAACGCGCGCGAACGCGCGCGAACGCGUGCACGCGUUAUCUAACUCUCUAACGGUAACGUACGUUUACCGUGACGUAAAAGGAAGAGCGGAGUAUAUACGUAGGUUCUUUUUUAUUCAAUGAUGAUUUAAUGAAAAUUUUAUUGUGUAAAAAGAGAUUACAAUCAAAGGUAGUUUUUAAUAAGUAACUAAAUAUAAAUCCCUUGCAAAAAGCUUAGGAAACUUCUAGGAAUGUCUAGGAAACAUAAUCAGGAAUAGGCGAUUGUCAGAUCUAAUAGAAAUGUAAUAUUUAUCAGAUUAAACGUGUCUACCCGAACAACACGUGAUAUCAUAUGAUAUUAUACGUAUAUUUGUGCGAUGUUGUAAUGUCGCACGUAUAUUUAUGCGAUAUCGCGAUAUUCGUGCGAUAUCAUGUGCUGUUAGGGUAGGUUACACUGAAUUUUCAAAAAGGUUCUGAAUCGACACGUAGUGAUCUUUAUUUUGAGAAAUUAUUGUCAUUUUUAAUAAAUUUAUAUGGAAAAAUCGUUCUCUUUUUUUAAAGGAUGAGUCAAAAUUUUUGUGACAAUCCAAUAUUUAUUAAAUUAAAGAGAUUUCUUUGUAAAUUGAAUUUUUUAUAUUUAUAUUUGAUAGCAAAAUUUUUAGCAAUCGUAAUUUAUUUUGGAUGCGGUCUAGUUGAUGCUACAAAUACUUUGAACCCUCUGAUUGGUCAAUUUGUAAAAUUCUUUUUUCUGAUUGAUUAAACAAGUGGUUCAAAGCAUUUGUAGCGUCUAAUUGACGGCUUUUAUUAUAAAUCUGUUAAUAGUAAAAUUAGCAUUAGAAAUGUAGUAAAAAAUUGCCGAUCUCUCGUUAGACGUUGGAAUUUAAAAUUCGAAGAAAUAAAUACAGUUGAUAUGCCCGGACUUCCUUUUCGAAAAUAGCAUGUUAUUGAUUCGCGCAUUGCACACGUUUGCGUUACGUUUCUUAGGCGCGCGCGAUUAUCUCUGAAAGCACGUAUAAAAAGUAAAAGAGACGGCGGAAAACUGCCGAUCAUUCCAUUCGAUCGAUCGUUGCGAUAGGGAGGCUCCUUCUUCACGGUUGGAAUGCGUAAAGAACGGAGAAGGCAAAGGAUAUAUAAUUAUAUACGUGUAAAAACUGUAUACUCCGCGUACACGUAGGUACGUAAUGUACAGCUUAAAUCGUCGAUUCUGGUCAGUCGGUCCUCGGCCGCUCACAAACGAACGUAUGCGCUUCGGGUAUGUGCUCGCGUGCACCUCUGCUUUAAUCCUUGCGUGUGUUCUCUCUAUUGAUGUACUGAAAAAUAUCAUCGCGAUGACUGAUGGCGCCGGGUUUUCACACGGGCGCCUCGCGCGAAGGUAGAAAUUAUCCGCGAAGCCGAUUACGCAGAAACGGAGCGCCGAGCAAACGAUAGAGAUCUAAACUGCAACGCGUAAAUUUCAGAAAAGAAAAGAAAGAGAAAGAAUCGACAGAGGAGGUGCACUGAAAGAAAUGGAAAAAACGAUUUUGUUGAAAGUACGGCUGUGAGAACAAUUAUGUUGGAUCAUUAAAAUAAUUACCAAAUUUGGUAAUAGUUACUAAAUCUUUUUUGUUUUCAAUGCGACGUAAUUAUUUAAAUGAUCCAACGUAGUUAUUUUUACAUCUGUAUUUUCGAUAAAAUCUUUCUCUCGGUGUAUGUAAUUAAAUUAGAUUCUCUGUUGUCUGAAAAUCGUGAUUGAAGAAAAUAGCGUAAGCUAUUUUAAUCGUUGCACAGACCGACUGCUAAUUGACAAUUGGUAACUGACAAUGGUUGUGGGAAUAUCUCGAAAGAGAUGUCAACAGCUGUUUCUAAAAUUCUCGUACUCACACACUUGCGCGUGAUUUAGAUUUGCCCUAAACACUUGUCUUAGAUCUACGUUAUUCUCGGCGGUCUCGAAUGCAAAUACCGUGCUUAUCUAAGAAUCACUAAUGGUUUAAAAACUAUAAAGAAUAACGUAAGUGUAGUGUAUAUCUUUCUCGAUGACUGUUAAAAUCAGAAAUGUAGGAAUAUAGCGAGAUAAUAAAUUAUAUGGUAUAAUAUGCUAAGGAUUAACGCAGCAAACGACUACCUCCUAAUAAACUGUACAUCUCGUUAUUGUUAAAACAGAGCUCAUUAUCGAUUUGCGUUCGAGACUUCGCAAAAUGACGAAUGAUUAAUUGCUGCAUCAAGAGAUUAAUCAUCUCGAUGCCCGGUGACUGUUUUGACAAUAAUUCGCGACGUACGAGCGAAAUUCGAGUAUGCUCCGAUAAAUUAGCGAUAUAUUUUUAUGUAUGGAAGAAUGUCGCAUCCUUGAAGCGCAAAAGACGUUCGUUUUGAGCAGCCUAAAACAUCUUCGUUCCUUUACACACAGUUUGUUUUUCAUUUACGCUAUUAACAGACUUUUACAUGUAAACAUUGUUAUCUGAUUGAAAUUUCAUAAAAGAGAAUUUUAAUAUUUGAACAGUAAACUUCUAGACUUUACACGUUACAUAAUUUGAACUUUUUUGUCUUUGAUUUAAUUACGAGAACAUUUAAAAAUUAUCUUAUAUUAAUUUUUAAUUUUCACGAGCAAAUGAAAUCCGUGAAAUAAAGAAAAGUAAAAUAAAAAUUUUUACUCUACUUUUUACAAUAUAAUAUUUAAUUUACAUAAUUUAAUUUUACGUAAACAUUAUGUAAAAUGAAUUGUUAAUUAAUAUUUAUGUAAAGUGUAUCCUAAAGUUAUUUCACAUGAUUAUUAUGUAAAUUGAAUUUUUAAAAAACAUAUCUUUAAUUAUUUUAAAAUUUUACUCAGAAAUGUGCUAGUCUGUUUAUUGUAUUAAAUUUAAUAUUUAACAUUUUUUUUAUUACUAGAAAUGGUUUAAUAAUGCAAAUCGAAAUGUACAUGAUCCCGCAUUUAUUUCCUCCGGUUUUAAAGAAUCGAUAAAACGUAACACGUACACAUUACACAGAUACAAUUGUUAUAUUCGAAACAUUCUUCUUGGAUCUCGAUUGACCUCUUAGGCACUACCGUCCGUGUGUUACACUUGCGCAUAAAGUACUAUUAUGGGAAAUAUACAUAGACAUUAUAUAUAUGUAGAUAUUUGUAAUAAAUACCAUAACUGGUGAAAGCCUCCAGUGAUGCGGAAAGAAAGAUGAAGAGAUGAAUAAAGAAAGAGGUCGACGAGAUCGAAAGCGAAGAUACAUAUACGAUAUUUUUAGAUUAUUUGACGAAAAAAUACGGAAGGAAGGUGAAACAAAAGUAACGUUAAUUAUUAUUAUUAUCAUCAUUAUCAUUGUUAUUUCGCGCUUGUGUGCUAGACGCGGUACACGCGGAGAAUACGAACCACACACAAAAAAAAAGAAAGAAAAGCGAAUGAAGAAUUAUUAAGAAAAGCUGUAUUUUAAUAUGAUACACUUUACACACGUGAAACACGCUCAUCAAUGUCUGUCUGAAUGCUUUUUAGAACUUUGCUUAUUUUUUUCUUUUUUUUUUAAGAAAAUGAAGAAAAAUAUCUCGGUAUCAAUCUGCGUAUCCAUUUUUUGUAUCAUUAUAAAGAUUUCUUUCUGCCAAUAUGUACAUGUAAGAAGAAAAAAUGCGAAUCGGUCGAGCAGUAAAAUAAUUUGAAAACUAUUUGAUUUGGAGUAUUAGAGAAACUUCUUUUUAUGUAUGAAACAAGGCAAUUUCUUUGAAUUAUUGGCAACAUUAGAUAAUUUAACAAUAAUUCAAAGAGAGAGAGAGAGAACAUUUUAAACAUUUAAACAACUUUUUCAAAUAUGGAAAGGGCUAUCUUAAAAUAUUGAUCAAUUCUUCAGAUUUUAGACGAUUGUUUGAUGCAAUUGCCAAUUUUACAUAAAUCAAUUAUAUAUGCAAAUUGACGAUUUUAUUAUUAUUAUUUUUUUUUUUUGUACGAUCGGCUUUCUCUCUCGUCGAUGCUUAUUAAUGCUAACUCUUAAAUGUAGACAGUGAUUUUACAUUAUUACACUAUUAAAGAUUGUUCAUCUCACAGACAUUCUUUCGAGAGUUCUCACAUUGUUUAUUUUCCGUCUGUACGUAUAAGCGUUGAAUUUUUAUAUAUCUGUCCUGCAAAAUUUUCUGAAUUUAAUAUUUUUUAUUUUAUCUGCGCGAAUGAUUUGUAUUUAAGGGUUACUUUGUGAGCGUACGAUUUAACACGAGAAACGAGGAAUAUAUUUUUGGAGAAUUUUCUGUUUUUUGGAACUAUUAUGUGUGUAUUUCUCCGUUAAUCCCCAUGAGAACCGAAAUGUUAAUUAUGCGAUCUGAACGGUGAAAAUCAACGUAUAAUGCAUAAUGUUAUUUUAUAAAAGAUACUUAUUGAUCUACGUAUACCAAUCUCUAUUUGCAAUAAUCUCGAUUAUUAUAAGAUAAAACUGUAACAUUUCGUUCGAAAUCUGAUUUUGAAGGCUUCUCGAAUACGUCUUUUCGCGCGUUUAACGUGAAUCAGCUAGUUUCUUCUUCAGAGCGCGAUAUGUGAUUUUAUUUAUCAGCCGGUUUACAAGCAAGCAGCGAAACCACUUUAUUAUGAUUAGCGAGGUACGAUGAGUGUAGUUAAUUGAACAAGCGAUUCGGAUCAAUAUCAUUUUGCGAUAUUUGCGGCGAAAGGAAUGUGUGCAUACAACCGAAUUGGUAAACGUUGCAUCUUGCGUUGAGAAAAAUAGUUGUUAACUUGAUUAAGUUUUUCAACCGGUGAUUAGAUUUGAUCAAGUUCAAUUUAAUUAAAUUAAAAAAUUUAGUCAAGACAACUUUUUUUUUUCGCUGUGCAAAAAAUUUACAUUUCUUUCUAAAAAUAAGAUGUUAAAAGAUAUUUAUAGAAAGUUUACUUCAUGUUCCUUUAACUGCGCAUUGUCAAGCGAUAUUGGUUAGUCUCGAUUGAUGCCACGGGUAUAUAAAUUCGAUAUAUACUGUACAGAAUAAUCAUUCGUCGAGUAUGCGACCGUAGAGGAUCGUGUACGGACGGCCACGUACAUAUAUACGUUGCGUUAUCUUCGUGCGGUGUUGCUGACCGAGAAUCGUAUUUUUGUAUCCGCGAAAAAAUCAAUAAUCUAUAUUUUAAACGAACACGGUGCAGCACAGUACGGCGAUAUACGGGGAUUACUGUCCGACUGUAACCCAAAUCGGAAAUUAAUUGCAGAUUCGGAUAUUCAGUGUAUGUUGAACGUUGCGGGUACCCUCGAGUCUCUCGAUUGUAUCCGCGAGUAAUGCCCGUAUAGAAGCUCUUCUCGAUGAUCAAAAUCAAGCUCUUGAGAAAAAAAAAUUAAGAGAUCAUGCUAAUUAAUAAUAAAAUUUAAGCGAUUACCGUUAUAUCUAUAUACGUAUACUUAUAUCGUAACUCAUCGUCGUUCGAUCGAUCGAACAAAUAUUUUUCAAAUUACUUAGAUCGUAGAAUGUGUACAAUCUAUACCGGAAUCAACGGUGAUCAGCCGCGUGUACAAAAUAUAAUAUUAAUGCGGUUUUCCCUCUUCCCUCUGUCGAUCAAAUUUUUUCAAUCUCGAUAACGAUUUCCAUUGCCGUUCGCCGAUGACGGCUUGCUCAUUAUGACGAUUCCCUUUGACGAAAACGCGGAGUACUGAAAUGCAAACGCGUAAAUAGAUAUUCUUUCGGGAAUUUUAUUUCUAAAUUUUUCAAAGCGUUCAUAAUCGAAGAAUUAAAAUUUGGGAAUUACCACUCUUAAAUAUCGACUUUGUGAAUUCGUGGAAGAAUUGUUAAAGACAAGAAUAUGUGAGGCACAUGUUCUUACGUUAAAAUUUCUUCAGGAACACAUUAAUCAAUCCGCCCUCAAUUCUUUGAUUAUUAAUUUUUUAACGUUACAAGAUUCUAAGAUUAUUUAAUUACAAUGCAAACUUCUUUUAAUAAGAAUGAAUUCGUCAUCUGUUUAUCUAUAAUCGGUGGUAGAAUUAAAGAAUCACUCAAUUUUUGCUGAAAAAUUGACGAUGUAUAAACUAUUCUAUAAUUAUAAUUUUGUUGUAUUCAAAAUCGCUUUUUUAUGAGCCGUUUUAAACAACAGAUUUUAAUUUUCAAAUUUAUUCUAACUUGAGUUGCAAAAAAACUUUUCCCAACUUUGUAGAUUUAUUUAACUUUGUAAUUUAUAAUUUUCUAAUUUUUGGUGUAAAUCCUUCUUUCUAAAAGCUUCGUCUUUUAAAAUGAUCCCAGGAAGAUUACAUGAUUUUUUCCUACAAAGUUUUAACAGUUCAAACAUGGAAAAUUUUUCCUCAAACAUUUAGUGAUGUUUUAAUUUUGCUGCCGAGUGUAUUUUAUUAUAUUUCUAUUUAUAAUUUAUUUCUAUAUUUAACACGAUCUAUAUUUCUAUUCUUGCUGUUCUCGAUUUAUGUUUUAUUCUUCUUAUUCAUUUUAUUCGAUUUACUGAAUAACUCAUUUUAUAUUCGUCUAUAUUUUAAACUGUACGCGGAUAAAAUUUUUUAACAAAAAUGCAAAAGAUGCGAAUAUACGUGUUUGCCCCUCGGUGUUCCGCGACGUAGUGCGUAUAAUACACUUGUAGAUAUAGACAAGUACAAUAAUUGCCAAAACGAUUCGAGACCGAGUCUCGAUCUUCAGUCUUUCCGCCGAUCCAACCAGUGGCAAAUGAUUCGCGAUCACUUCCUACUUACUUGGCCUUCGUUUGCACUCAGAUAGCGCAAACGAAUUUCCGUUACGACUAGUUUCAAUUAAUCGAUGUGAUUAGCGAUUAGUAGUUAAAUAGUUAGUAUCUUUGGACCGCGAAUUAUUUGCCGACCGCCGUCAUGUAAUUAGGCGACAUAAAACCGCGACGAAUUGCAUUAAAAAAAAAAAAAAAAAAACGUAAAGACUGUUCCGAAACUAGAAACUGCCAACCGACUUAAAGAUACAUCACAUGCCCUUCUUGAAGAUGAUGAUACUCCGAAACUGCCUACUGACACUGCCCGACGAAACUCGCUGUUUGUCACUGCCGCACAGAACUACACAAAUACGAAUUUAUCUUCGCCGACGUGAUAUUCAAAGUUUUAUUUCGAUUAUCAUCAAAAGCGAGACAUAUUUUUUCCGUUUUCUACAUCCGUGAAAUGCAUUUAAGAUUCUCUAUCGAUAUCCGAUAUCAUAUGUACAUGCAUACAUUUUCGUCGCGAUUUUACGGGCUCGCUUUGACGGUGACUUCGCAUAAUGUUUCUCGGCGGGGCGCUCUAUAAUCUAAAAAGAAUCGAUCAUUGGCGAAUACGCGGAAUAUACUGUAAUACUAUAUUUUAGUGAGCGAGCGAAUGGGCGAGCGAAAGUGUGUACCUGCGCGCGAGAAAGGGAGCGAACGAGAGAGAGAGAUUUAUCUAUAAAUCCGUAGCCCCGCGAUCCGUCGCGGUUUUACCUAAUUAAUAAAUGUAGAAUCCUUCGUGGAGGAAUUAUAACUGCUAGUCUCAAAUUAUGCGACAUGCGCUCGUAAUCUCUCGCCCUGUCGUCGACGUGAAUGUAUACGCGCGCAUAUCGCGAGUACGAAAGCGAGUACGAGAAGCGAAUUAGACGAAGAGGUACUCGAGAGGCGGGGUGUACAAUGAGUGUGAAAUAUAAAUUGCCAUUUUUUUUAUGUAGAUGAUAUUGUAAUUACGAUUAUGUAUUCAUAAUUACUAUUAUUUUUUAUUAGAACUAUUAUACUGAUAAUUACUGAUUAUUAUCGCUAUUGUAAACUAUUGAUUAGAUAUUUGAAGCUUAUUGUAAUAAUAGUAAUUAUAAUUAAUUAUUAAUUACGGCUAACUUUUAGAACUCUAUUAUACGUAAUAGCAAAUUAUUAUUGUAAUAAUUGCGGCUUUGAUUUUUAUACAUAAUAUUUUAUAUAUAUAUAUAUAUUAUAUAUUAUAAGAUGGAAAAGAAAGAAAACAACACACGCAUACAUACAUACAUACGAUUACUCUUCAAGAGACAUAUGUGUAUUUUGGUAUAGACCAUUGUGUGCUAUAUUGUGUGUAAGUGUGGCAAGAAUUCUACGUAUCCGGUCUGUACGAAAUCCGGAAAAACGAAUUUUUAUCUAUACGACUCUCUCGUUGUGAGUUCGUGAUUCGUUUUUUUUUGUUUUUCUAUUCCGUUUUGUUUCUCGAUGAAAAGAAACGAACAUUGCGUAGAAAGGAAGCUCGUAUUUAAGGCGUAUUUUUACGGGAAUUACUUACCACAGAGCAAAUUUACACACCGAAAACCGUAAUGCGAGAAAUUUUGAACGGCAACCGUUUGAGAUAGCUUGCCCAAGCUGUCUUUGACGAACGAAAACUUACUCCUUAAGUUAACGGACACACCUUUUUAACAGGCCAGUAGCAAGAGCUUUCGAAUUGUAAUCGUAAUCUCGUGGCAAUCGUCUUCUUCGAUGUGAAAUUUUCGCAACUUACCUGAUUCUCGAACUGACGUGCAAACUGUAUGAAUAUACUGUUUUAUUUGAAUUGCAAACUCGAUCCUUCUUCGGGGCGCCGUAUUACGUCCCCGAUUGAGGCUGUAAAUAGGAAGUACUAGACGCGUUCGUUGAGCCACGAACUCGAGGUUCCCAGUAACUUCCGACAUUUAAGUGCCUAAAGACCCAGAUACACGUCUAUUCUCUUCGUUGUCUAGUUUCUACGGUUGGAUAAGGUACUGCUUGUCAAAACGACAACGACGAAAAUUAGCGCUUUGUGUCUCAGUCGCGUUUUGUGUUCGCGCCCCGUCGCGGAAUUAUCUGUUCAAAAUAUUGUAAUGGGCAUUUCACACAAAAAAAUAUCAAGAUAAAUUGCACUCUUCUCGAUAUUCUAGUUGAGUAGGCUGUACAAACGAGAAUAAUUCCUUUUAUAUUGCAUUCUUUGCAAUAUCUACGGUACCUGUGAAAAUAUUGCAAUAGCGUAACUUAAAAUGGGUGGACUGUACAAUUUUACUAGCUUUUUACACACCUGUGUUUCUUAUAUACAUACAUAUAUAUAUAUUAUUAAAUUAUAUUUUUAAGUCGUUUUAAAUUUCCAUGAUUUGCUAAAUAAUGAACAUCAAGAUGUUUAUAGUAUAGAACAAUGUACAAACUAUUAACCCUCUGAUGCUUUUCGAUGAUUGAAGUGAUUUUGCAGGACGCGCAUCAUUUUCUUGGUCCUUUUUAAAGAUAUUGAUUAACUAGGGAUGAUUUUUCGUUCCGUAUUUGUUAGACCGCGCACCACAAAUAAAAUCAAAAAGAUCCCAGUCGCUUGAUACUCCAUCAGGGGGUUAAACAAACAAGUUAUGCUCUUCUAUGACAAACGACAUGAUGCGCCGAACGUUGCAAGACCAAGAGAGAAGAUGUAAUAAAUAAUGAAACGAACAAAGUAGAAAAAGAAAAAUCUAUACGCAUGUCUCUAAUGAAGAUGGAGCUUAGGAUAUGUACAUUAAGCAUUAUUGGCAGUGCUUUAUCCAACUUUGCUAGUUCUCACAUCGCAAAGGACGAGAGACUGUCGCUCGACACCUUCAACAGAUCUCAGCACUCCGGCGAAACGAACAAGGAUCAUUUAUUUUUUAAUCGAACUCACAGAAGGGCCAGCUCGUUUCCGUGGAGUGCGCCUAACGAAUAAAUAAUUAUAUAUUAUAAAUAAAUUAAUAAAUAUAAAUGCAUAUAUAUAUAUAAAUAUAUAUAUACAUACACAGAUACGCGUGCGUGUACAUACAUAUAUAAAUUAAGUACGGGAACCUUGAGGCGCGUGGAGCAACGAAAACAGAAAAAUCCUCGAAAGUGGAAGCGCCGGAACGUCGUCAGUCGAUGUUUUUGUUUUUGAGGAUGCAAGAGUCAAUUUUUCGAUUGCGUAAACGAAACCCCUGCAUCACUGUAACAUACCUCUAUAUAGCACGUCUCAUAGUUUAAAUUAGCCCUCGGGUUAUCGGUCGUUUAAAUUUUCUCAGGCACGAGGAGAGGCGGUACCUUCGAAUAUAUUUAUUUUUCUGACUAGAAAA